UCGGUUCAUUCACUAGUAAUAAGGAGGCUGAUGAACGUCCGAGGCGCACUGACGCACCGAGUUCAGCACCAAAACAAGCUUUAAGCCUUCACACGCACUCAGCGGAGGGACACACUUUGGAGUAUAUACAAGGAGAGGACGCCUGCUGACCGAAAAGACGCGCGGCUGUGGAUAUUCUGGUCUUCCCGCGGCUUCUGGAUAACUUUGAGAUUUGGGAACGUUUCCUCUGGACCCUUUUGACGCACGGCAACACGGAGCUAUUGGAGGAUUUACGUGUGUUUUAGAUUUUUGUUUUUUGUUUUUCCUGAAGAGAAUUCGUUUCAUUGGGCGUAAAUACUUGGGAGUAAGGAGGCUUUGCUGUUUCCAGCGGCUGGUGACACGGCUGCCCUGGAGAAACGAGAAGGAUGGCAGCCCUGUUCACCUUUACCAUCGCGUUCAGCACCACGUUAAUAUUACAGGUAUUUGGGUCGGGAGUUUUUGAGCUAGAUCUCCACGAAUUUAAAAACCACAAAGGUUUACUGGCGAACGGGAACGCUUGCAAGCCCAGCUGCAGGACUUAUUUCAAAAUUUGCCUGAAGAACUACCAGGCUGUGGUAUCGCCAGGUGACUGCAUCUUCGGGAGUACGGAGACGCCGGUGCUGGGGACGAACUCUUUCAGCGCCAAGGACAGCGGCACUUUACCCAGACCCAUUCAAAUCCCCUUCAAGUUCGGAUGGCCGGGCUCAUUUUCAUUAAUUAUUGAGGCCUGGCAUUCACCUUAUGGAAACCUACCUGUAGAUACCAACAACGAAGACUUUAUGAUUAGUUUUUUUGCCAUCCAAAGACAGCUUGGCGUGGGAACCGACUGGUCCCAGGACUCACAAACCGGGAAGCAGACUGAGCUCAGAUAUUCCUAUCGCUUCAUCUGCAACGACAGCUACUACGGGGAAAGUUGUUCCAAAAAGUGCACGCCGAGAGACGACCGCUUCGGUCACUACACCUGCACCCAGGAUGGACAGUUGUCCUGCCUUCCUGGCUGGAAGGGGAAAUACUGCGAAGAACCUAUCUGUCUUGAGGGAUGCAGCGAGAGGAAUGGGAACUGCUCUAAACCUGGGGAGUGUGUAUGCAGGGAAGGUUGGCAGGGCACAUUCUGCGACGAGUGCAAGAAGUAUCCGGCCUGUAAGCACGGCACCUGCCAGCUGCCGUGGCAGUGCAACUGCCAGGAGGGCUGGGGAGGCCUACUAUGUGACCAAGACCUGAACUUCUGCACCCAUCACCACCCCUGUUCGAACGGCGCCACCUGCAUGAACACAGGCCAGGGGAGUUACACGUGCACAUGCUUGCCCGGAUUCACAGGGGUUAACUGUGAGCUGGAGAUGCAAGAGUGCGACAGCAACCCCUGCAGGAACGGAGGCACAUGCACUAAUUUGGAGAGCGGCUACAUGUGCACUUGCCCCCAAGGUUUCGAGGGCGCCCACUGCGAGCACAACCUGCUGAAAUGCGCCGACUCCCCGUGCUUCCACGGCGGCAAAUGCUGGGAGAAAGACAAUGGCCGCAGCUACAUGUGCGAGUGUCCUCCCGGCUACACCGGACUCAACUGCGAGAAGAGAGUGGACAAGUGCACGUCGCUUCCCUGCGCUAAUGGUGGUCUGUGUCUACUCCAGGGUGGCAUGCGCAUGUGCAGCUGCCGCGCAGGAUUCACUGGCCAGCGCUGCGAGAUCAACAUCAACGAAUGUGCCGGGAACCCGUGCCUGAACGGAGGAACCUGCCAAGACCGAAUAAACGACUACGCCUGCUUAUGCCCAGCGGGCUACGGCAGACGCAACUGCGACAGAGUUCUGGACGAGUGUUACGUCCGGCCCUGUCUCAACGGAGGCGUUUGCACCGCAGGCGGCGGUCCAGGGAAGACGCCGGCGGUCUGCACCUGUCCGCCCGGUUACACCGGGGCUCGGUGCGAAUCCUUCGCCACCAUCACCUCGACGAUGACAGGCGACAACGGCUUCCAGUGGGCGGCGGUCUCUCUGGCCGUGGGUCUGGUGGCGCUCCUGGUGCUGCUGUGUAUGGUGGGCUUCGCCCUGAGGCACAUCCACCGGCAGGCGCGGGGCCAGCGAGCGGAGACGGAGACUAUGAACAACCUUUCCAAGGUGCAGAGCGAUAACUUGAUCCCGGCGUCGCAGCUGAAAAACACCAACCACAAACUCAGCCUGGAGGCGGACUGUGACUCGGAGAAGUCGAACUUUAUCCAAAAAAACUAUCACUUGGACGCGUACAACUCUAAAACGAAAGAGUUUAAGGACGUAAAGUCGCAAGAGGAUAAAAGUCUUAUUUAUGACAAGAGUUUAGAAGAUAAAAUGCCUUUGAGCAGAAUGUACAGUGAAAAGCCAGAGUGUAGGAUAUCAACAAUAUGUUCCUCAAGAGACUCCAUGUACCAGUCGGUAUUUGUUAUAGCGGAGGAGCGGAGGGAAUGCGUCAUAGCAACUGAGGUAUAAAACUUGCGAGGGGUCGGAGAAGUUUUGGACGCAUGACCGAGACACAAUCAAGGCAGAAUGUAAUGUUCUGGAUCGUUUACAAAACGCUGAGAGGAGUCCGGGGAUUGUUUUAGACGCUCACCGCUGCUCUAGAACACUGAAGAACUGCAGAGGGCCGAGACGGCGGGCGGCCCUGGAAAGAAAUCCAAACGCAGCAGAAGGAGGAGACGAGCUGACCAACCUAAGUUUUUCACCGAGUCUUUGUACGCAACGUGUGUACAAUGAAGGACCUUUCCCAAUGGAUGGGAGGCAAAUGAGACUGACGCGGUCAGAAGAUGGACAAAGCGUCUGGGAAAUGCUCGUUUAGAAUCUCAGCCAGCCUGGAAAGCAAAAAGGAGAAAAAAGGUGGAUAUUUGCCCCUCGUAUCUGACCUGGCCUUGUUUGAUAAUCAUGAUGACUUUGAAAGCCAACCAAUCAGAAAAAAAGGUGCCUAAGAUCCGACUCUCCAAAUCACCCCCAUUCCCCCCCCCCGUCCUCCUCAAUAAUCACUCCUGCCAGCUUUGCCUGCUAUGCAAGACUCAGGGUCAAAAGGAGUGAACUCACCCGCUGUCCCAGUCCAACUUCAGCAGCAAUGAGAGCUACAGAUAUGGGGAAAUAUCCCUCAGCUGUUCAUCACGUUGGAAGAAUGACUAGUUGGACUUGGUCAGCGCAAGGGUGGAGAUUGUAUGCAGCCCAAAUUCACUACAGAAGCCUUAAAAAGAGGGGGUUUCAAUGCUAAAUUUGUGCCCUUGUCUGUUCAUUUGCACUACCAUAAAAAAAAACAACAACAACUAAGAAUGGAGAAAAAGAACACUUUUUAAUCAACAGAGAGACCACAGGAGCCCAACAGUCAGUGCAGUGCCAGCGAAAUCCCAGAGAAAGUGUGCAUAGGAAUGUAUUUCUUAUGCAGGCUGACUGGAAAACAAAACUAACAGACUCAACAGGAGAAGGAAGAGACUAUCACACCACUGCCUGCCUAUAUUAAAUUUAAGAAAAAGUUGAGAAACCAAUAAUGUAAUUUUUUUAAAUGAUUAUUUCCAGAGUUUAAUUUAAAUAUGACACUGUUCUUUAUAUGUUUUAUAAUAUUAUUUUGUAUAUAAUGCAUAUUUAUAAGGACCAAACUUCUGAAGAAUAAAAAACUGUUUGUCACUAAAAUGGAAAAAAAAAAAAAAAAAAAGGAAAUUAUUUUUGAGAUGCUUUUAAAUAAUGACGUUGACAAGAAACAAUGA